AUGGCUUCUCCAAGCCUGGAUCAAAUAGUCAAGGGGGCUUCUGCUUCUGAUAAACCUCUCUCUUCAUUGUCCACCGUGCCGGAUGCUUCAACUUCUAGCCGGAGGCCCGAUGUCCAAGGCUCUUUGGACCCCUCCUCCCUCCCACGUUCGUUAGCCCCAGAUCCACUCUCGACAGUACCAUCUUCGCCGCCCCAGAUAUACUUGAAUCUGCUCAUUCUGGAGAGUUCCCUUCGAGCGCAGUACUUGGCGUUGCGAGAACGCCGACGACAGAACACGUUUUUCCUUCUACUGCUGGCUGCCUGGAUUGCCUACUUUUCCUACGCACUCUUCCUCCGGCCACGAGAAGAUGGUCGCGGCGUGGGAGGCUCGGUCUACUGGGUGGUGGAAAUGGGUGAGAAAGUGGCGCUUCUCGGGGGAGUUGUGACGGCACUUUUGGUUUGGGGCACUGGGCAAUGGGAGCGGGGGGUACGUUGGCCGCGGCGCUGGCUCGCUGUUGCCAAUCGCGGUCUCCGCAGUAUGAACACCAAGAUCGUUGUGAUCAGGGGUUCCUGGUGGCAGGAGCUGCUGUCCUAUCUCUCCUUUCUCUUCCCUUUCUCCAUGCCUUUCUACCCUUCCCCCAUUGGAGACUUCCAUUACAUAGAACGGCCGACGGCCGAGAGACGGGCUGGUGGUCGGCAGCACCACCAGCCAUAUCAUAACGUGGACCCCGAAUCGGGACUCGUGGAGGAAGAUCUGAGUCCGGGAGGUGACUACAUCCGGUUACUUCUCUUACCCAAAUCCUUCUCUCCGGAAUUUCGAGAAAACUGGGAUGACUAUCGGACCGAGUAUUGGGAAAAGGAAAAUGAACGCCGAGCUCAACUGCGCCAGAGACUCCGCCAGAAAGAACGCUUACUAGCUCAGCAAGAAGAAGGCUGGUUUGGAUGGAUUGGUUUCGGGUGGAAGGCAGCACGACGGCGACGACUCGCAGCGGCAACACUCAAUAGGUCCACCGAUGGGGAUAGGCACCGCCAUCAUCAUCAGCACGCCAGUAUCUCCAAACUCAGCCACGAACUCAAAUCCCCGGUCCGGCGUGGCACGCGCUCGGACUCUCAUUCACGCACGUCUUCCCGGAGCAGCACUCCGGUGGACCUUGAUGACCGGCCUCCAUCCCGGUCAUCAAUGAGUGGCCGUCCCCGGCGAGGAAGUACCCCGAGCUCAAUAUCAAGUAUCUCAGAGCAGAGUCCUCAGCAGCGGAGAAAGAAAGGAUCGAAACCCGUGACGCGUGGGCUGUCACCUUUGACACAGGCGCAGAUCAGGGAGGGAGUCCGCACAGCGUCGUUCUCGUCCGAUGAUUCUUCGAUCAUCGGCAUAGGAAGUGAAAAAAAGAAAGUCAAGGAGGAGCCUAUUGAAAGCUAA